AUGGAUGACAGUGGGCAAAGAGACAAUGUUAGGCAGAAACAAGAUCAGUACAAAGGAGUCCACACUCAGGUAUGUAGUCCUGACAUGCGUUUUUUUCUCUUCAGUGCACCGUAAGUGUGGAUUAAACGUCCAUAGCUGCUUAGGGAAUACUCUUGGGGUAGCCAUGAGUUGGUCCAAGUUGUUGACCAAUUCAUUCCACACCCCCAUGCUGUAGAUCCCUGUAUAACUUAUUUAAGGUGCCCUCAUCCAUUUCUUGUUUCAAUAAGAUACCUAUCAAAGUUUUCUUCCUGCUAUCAUUUUCAAAUUACGUUGUCGUAGUUCAGAGUUUUCAUGUAUUAAGUUCAUAUCGAUUUCGUUGUGUAAUCAUGCGUCUCUACAGGCCUGGAACAACUGAACAUCAUCUGGUGAGAUUAACAGUCAUAAGAACAAUGGGAAUUUCCUAUAGAAUUAUUGUAUUCUGCUAGAUUCUGUGAAACAUUUCCUGAUCACGGAGUAUUACAAUUUUUUUGAAACAGAGGGUUAUAAAAGGAUAUGGGGCGAUGCGUGCAUAUCGUUAAUUUUCUCACAUAUUUUAUCUAUUUAAAUAAACUUCGAUGCCACAACUCCGAUGAUAGAACAAGGAUUAAUUAAGCAUGUGGAUUAAUGGCGAUGUGAAAUUAGCGCCGUUUUCUGUUGUGCAGUGGAUGAUGCCGCAACAUCAGAUGAAGGACCAUCACACGAUCAAACUCAUGACCAUCAUGGCCGAGAGAGACAACGCCAUCCAGGAGCGGAAUUUAGCGCUGUCUGAGAAGAAAACAGCUAUGGCCGAGAGAGACAUGGCCAUCCUCCAGAGGGACGCUGCCAUCUCUGAGAGGAACAAUGCCUUAAUGGAGCGAGACUCCGCCAUCGCCGCCCUCGAGUACGCCCGGGAGAACGGUAUCAGCGGCAACGGCGGCCCGGGGUGCCCCCCGGGCUGCACCAUUCCCCGGGGAUCCAAGCACAUCCACCACCACCAGCUUUCCAACAUGCACCAGCCGUCGCAGCUCUCCGACGCGUCCUACGGCCACAGGGACAUGCACAUAAGCGAGGCGUUCCCCAUAUCUGUCUACUCGGAGAACGCCGUGAAGGCGAGACGGGUCAAGCGGUCGAGGAAGGAGGUGAAGGUCCAGUCUGGUGCGAAGAGAGCUCCCAAGUCUCAGAAGAAGAGGAGGGUCGGGGGCGAGGACCUGAACAAGCACAUCACCAUGGCGAAGGGGCACGGCGGGGAGGAUCUGAAUAAGGAGGUAUCGGCGAUGAAGCACGAGUGGAAGAACCAGGAUUUGGGGCUGAACCACGUCGCCUACGACGAGACGACCAUGCCGGCGCCCGUGUGCUCCUGCACAGGGACCCUGCACCAGUGCUACAAGUGGGGGAACGGUGGGUGGCAGUCGGCGUGCUGCACCACCACGAUCUCCAUGUACCCGCUGCCGGUGAUGCCCAACAAGCGGCACGCCCGCGUGGGCGGGCGGAAGAUGAGUGGCAGCGCCUUCACCAAACUUCUCAGCCGUCUGGCCGCCGAAGGGCACGACCUCGCCAUGCCGCUGGACCUCAAGGACCACUGGGCCAAGCACGGCACGAAUCGCUACAUCACCAUCAAAUGA